AAUAAUAAUCCAUGUUCAAAUAAAAAGAAAAGAAAGAAGUUAAAAUAAAAAGACAAAAAGAGUAUCGAAAGGAUAGUUUGACGUAAAGACACCUACGCACAGAGAAAUUUCACCGAGUUUGGAAUAUCGUCAGAGAGUAGAUAACGGUUAGUAAUUUUCUACCUGGUUAACCAAUACCGUACGAGUUUCUCAAUCUUUCCAUUCGUAACAUUAGCCACCCUCGCAACUAUUCGCACCCUGUUGCACGGGGUCCCAUGUGGCCUGAGCUGAUAAGCACGAAAUUGUGUUUUCAUCGAAUUUACAGAGCGUAUCUGCCUGUAUAAAAGGAGCACCCUGGGGACUACCAGCAUCAGCAGCUCUCCAGAGCUCAGAGGAAGAACAUCUUCCGAGUUUCAAUAUUUUUUGCUUCGAAGAAACAAGAACGAGAACUUUAGAAAUCAUCAAAUUUCUAAUCGUACAGAAUGAGGCGUACGAGGCACGUGGUCUUACCCGUGCGGUCCUGGCAAUACAUCGGUUUAUUACUGGUAUCACUGGCAUGCGUGACUUUCGGUUUGAUAGCUAGGGACAGAGAAGGACAAGCAGGAAGCCUGACCGGUCCUGAACUCCUUCAUCGUGCCCCUCAUAAUGUGGACGUUUGCCCAAAUUUGAAUCCUUUGACAACAUCUUCGGUCUGUCUUGCUCUUCCGGAAAAACAGUAUCUCACCUUGAAAAAUAAUGAAGAAAAGGAAAUCGGUUCCGACAUCAUUCGAGUUGAACGUAAAAAAUCGACCGAAUCGUGUAUUAACAGGAAUGCACUUUUGGAAAGAAGACACGGAACGUUGAGCGAACGACGAGUUUCAGAACGUUCUUCUUAUUCAACAAACAGACCGUCACGUUCUUUGGAACGAGUCGAUUCAAGGAUCGAAAACGUUCGAUUAUCUUAUCGCCAUUCGCCAAAUCCGGAAAUGACUCGAGAUAUAACGGAUCGUAUAAGGCAAUUAUCAAGAAGGUUCUCUAAUGAUAAAUUAUCAAGAAGGUUCUCUAAUGAUAAAUUUAGAUCCAUAGAACGUCGCGAGCAAAAUGGAAUCAAACGAACAGACGGACAAAGAAUUCUUGAUAAUCAUGAAUUAAAAGAACGAAGAGAACGAUUCGAAGUAGACACACGUAGAAAGUUCGAUUCUCGAGGUAUCGAAAAAAGAGAAAUUAGGAACAUUGAAAGAACAAUUGGAGAUAAUAGAAAAAAUGUUCGAGAAAAAACUCAAGAUAAUAGAUCGAAUUCUGUAGAAAGACAAGCUGCUAAAAGCGAAAAUAUGGAAAGGCGUUUCAUGAAAGAACGACGCAGUAACGAUCGUAGAAAUUCUCGAAUCGACACUUCGGACCAUCAAUCGAAUAUAGAUGUAAAACGUAGAAAUUCUCGAGUCGAUACUUUAAAUCGCGAACGUCAAUUGGAUAUAAGCGCAGAACGUAGAAAUUCUCGACUUGAUACUGUUAAUAGCCAACGCGGAUCAAACCUAAGCGUAGAACGUAGAAAUUCUCGACUUAAUACUUUUAAUCGUGAACGUCAAUCAAAUAUAGAUGCAGAACGUAGAAAUUCUCGAGCCGAUACUUUAAAUCGCGAACGUCGAUUGGAUGUAAGCGCAGAACGUAGAAAUUCUCGACUUAAUACUUUUAAUCGCGAACGUCAAUCAAGUAUAGAUGCAGAACGUAGAAAUUCUCGAGCCGAUACUUUAAAUCGCGAACGUCGAUUGGAUGUAAGUGCAGAACGUAGAAAUUCUCGACUUGAUACUGUUAAUAGCCAACGAGGAUCAAACCUAAGCGUAGAACGUAGAAAUUCUCGACUUAAUACUUUUAAUCGUGAACGUCAAUCAAAUAUAGAUGCAGAACGUCAAUCAAAUAUAGAUGCAGAACGUAGAAAUUCUCGAGCCGAUACUUUAAAUCGCGAACGUCGAUUGGAUGUAAGCGCAGAACGUAGAAAUUCUCGACUUGAUACUUUUAAUCGCGAACGUCAAUCAAGUAUAGAUGCAGAACGUAGAAAUUCUCCAGCCGAUACUUUAAAUCGCGAACGUCGAUUGGAUGUAAGUGCAGAACGUAGAAAUUCUCGACUUGAUACUGUUAAUAGCCAACGAGGAUCAAACCUAAGCGUAGAACGUAGAAAUUCUCGACUUAAUACUUUUAAUCGUGAACGUCAAUCAAAUAUAGAUGCAGAACGUAGAAAUUCUCGAGCCGAUACUUUAAAUCGCGAACGUCGAUUGGAUGUAAGCGCAGAACGUAGAAAUUCUCGACUUGAUACUUUUAAUCGCGAACGUCAAUCAAGUAUAGAUGCAGAACGUAGAAAUUCUCGAGCCGAUAUUUUAAAUCGCGAACGUCGAUUGGAUGUAAGCGCAGAACGUAGAAAUUCUCGACUUGAUACUGUUAAUAGCCAACGCGGAUCAAACCUAAGCGUAGAACGUAGAAAUUCUCGACUUAAUACUUUUAAUCGUGAACGUCAAUCAAAUAUAGAUGCAGAACGUAGAAAUUCUCGAGCCGAUACUUUAAAUCGCGAACGUCGAUUGGAUGUAAGUGCAGAACGUAGAAAUUCUCGACUUGAUACUAUUAAUAGACAACGUGGAUCAAACCUUAGCGUAGAACGUAGAAAUUCUCGACUUAAUACUUUUAAUCGCGAACGUCAAUCAAAUAUAGAUGCAGAACGUAGAAAUUCUCGAGCCGAUACUUUAAAUCGCGAACGUCGAUUGGAUGUAAGUGCAGAACGUAGAAAUUCUCAACUUGAUACUGUUAAUAGCCAACGUGAAUCAAGCUUAAACGCAGAACGUAGAAAUUCUCGACUUAAUACUGUUAAUAGCCAACGUGGAACAAGCUUAAGCGUAGAACGUAGAAAUUCUCGACUUAAUACUUUUAAUCGCGAACGUCAAUCAAAUAUAGAUGCAGAACGUAGAAAUUCUCGAACCAAUACUUUAAAUCGCGAACGUCGAUUGGAUGUAAGCGCAGAACGUAGAAAUUCUCGACUUGAUACUGUUAAUAGCCAACGCGAAUCAAACCUAAGCAUAGAACGUAGAAAUUCUCGAUUUAAUACUUUAAAUCGCGAACAUCGAUUGGAUGUAAGUGCAGAACGUAGAAAUUCUCGACUUGAUACUAUUAAUAGACAACGUGGAUCAAACCUUAGCGUAGAACGUAGUAAUUCUCGAACUGAUACUUUAAAUCGCGAACGUCGAUUGGAUGUAAGCGCAGAACGUAGAAAUUCUCGACUUGAUACUGUUAAUAGCCAGCGCGGAUCAAGCUUAAGCGUAGAACGCAGAAAUUCUCGACUUAAUACUUUUAAUCGCGGAUCAAACCUAAGCGUAGAACGUAAAAAUUCCCAAUUUAAUACUUUCAAUCGUGAACGUCGAUUGAGCGUAGAUGUAGAACGUAAAAAUUCCCAACACGAUACUUUUAACCGCGAACGUCAAUCAAAUGUAGACGUAGAAUAUAGAAAUAAUCGACGUGAUACUUCUAAUCGUGAACAUCGAUCGUCAAGUAUGACUGACCUAACACGAACUCGAAAUCGAUACGAUCGUGAAUCAAUUAUUUCGAACUUUUUAAGAAUAAGAAAAUCUACCUCUCACGAUAAUACACCAGCUGAUCGACAUGAUAUCAGACGAAAAAAUUCCCUCUCCGAAAUUAGAAAUAUAAGAUUUAAGUCGUUGGAACGGCAGCAAUUUGGUAACAGACUCGAGAAUCAACGAUUUGAACAAAGAAUGAUCGAUCUCGAAAAUCGGGAACUCCUCAAUCGGCGCUCUCGUUCAGUCGAUCGACAAAAUACGAACACAUUAGAUCGUAAUAACAGAUACCUCGGUUUAGAACGUAGAAUCUUAAUUGAUCGUGCAUCCGAAUAUAUAGAUCGCCGUGAUAAUAGACGCAAACUUGUUAAUCGUUUAUCACGAUCUUCAUUCUCUGUUAGGAAUUCUCGAGGAGAAAUUGUUCAUACUAAACCCAACAGAUCGUCCGAAUCUAUAGAUAACUACGAACAACGCAAUAUUUUAUUGAACCACCGAAUUAUGGAAAUACAGAAACCAAAUCGUCGUGAAGUUAACACUCUGAGGCGUACGGUUCGAUCUUCAAAUAUUGAAUAUCUUCGAAAUUCUCCUCGUAUCGCACGUUACUCUUCCGAUCGAUCCUUCUUAGAUCAUACCAAUAGAAUCGAACGUUUCUCGAAUGAACGAUCGAACGAAAAAUUGACCGAACGUAGAUCAACGCGAGGAGAAAUCGCCGUCGAGAUUUCAUUUGCGGAACGAAGACAAACGCAAUACGGACAACAUCGCAUUACAAGGACAUUAACACCCGAAAUUUCGAAUCGUAGAUCAUUUAUUGCACGAAAAUACCACGUUUCCAGGCAAGUAGAGAGCUUCCAAGCACUGAGUCGCUCGUUCGACAAUAUGAAUCGAUUGAAUUCCAACGAAAGACGCGAAUCCGUUGAAAGUAGGAGCUUUAAAACAGACAACAAUCGUAGAUCAUCUGUUUUAUCGACCGAUCGACAAGACACUCAACGACAACGAGAAAAUCUUGAACGGACUUCCAUUUUGCUUCGUACGAAUGAUCUUCAAGAACAAAGACGUUUAAAUAUGAGGGUUCAAGAACGAUAUAAUAGAAAAAUCCAAAGAACGAUUAGUGAGAGGCGUAAAUCCACUGAAUCUAGCUUGGCCGGUAAAGUAGAACGUUCUACGGAAUUAAAAUCUCAUGAUCAUCAAAGAAACGUUCGAUUGAAUUUGAUAGUAACGCGACAUAAUGGUUCACUUUACCGAGAAGUAAAUGAUGAUUUCGAUAAAGGUUUCAAAUUGAUUGAACGAUCUCGAAGCAACGCUAAUAGGAGAUCUUCGUAUCGAAAAUUAGUCGACCUCAGACAAUUUAAUUCUCUUCGUGACAAAAUCAGAACCUCUGAAAUGUUUACUCGGGAUCGAAAUACACUUUUUGUUCCUAUGAUCGAUCGUGAUCGAUUUGAUUUAAUAAGAGACGGAGAGAAGACAAGACGAUUAUUUGAUACAAAUCACCGAACUCAGAAAAUCUUAGAAUUUAGAAAUGACGAAUACGGAAAGCAAACCGGAAUGAUAGCGAACUUACUAAGAACGAACGUUCUUUCGAACUACGAUUUGUCUUUCGAAAUUAUACGACAACCUUUUAUAAUCAUCAUUUGUAUCUUAUACGGAUCAUCGAUGUCCAAAAAUAACAAACUUUUUACUGAUAAUCUGAUGCAGUAUAUUCCCAAAUUUGCAUUAUGGUGAAUAAUUCCACGUCGACACUAUGCUACUUUUAACAUGCUACUUCUAUGAACCUGCUCGUCGUUGCUGUAAUAUAUCUAUAUAUUAUUUAUAUGUUAUCUAUAUAUAAUAGAAUAUAUCUGCAAAUACUCGUUUGUGCAGUUAAUGUAGAACACAAAGAAAUAACAAAAUAAUAUAUAUAUAUAUGUAUGUAUAAAGUAUAUUUUUUGUGCGAAUAAAUUGUUCAAACAAAAGUAAAAUGUAU